AUGGCACCUCAACUCCCCACACGCAAACUUGGCAAGAAUGGACCCCAAAUCCCAGCCCUUGGGUUCGGACUCAUGGGUCUCUCAUCUUUCUACGGCAAGCCUCCUGCCGACGAAGAACGCCUCAAGGUCCUCGAUCGUGCCUACGAGCUCGGCGAGACUUUCUGGGACUCUGCAGGAAUCUAUGGCGACAGCGAAGAUUUGGUGGGAAAAUGGUUCGCCAAGAACCCUGAGAAGCGCAAGGAUAUUUUCCUAGCCACAAAGUUCGCAUUCAAGAUCACUGCCCAAGGCGAGAGGAUCGUCGACUCGACUCCUGAAAAUGUCAAGGAGUCGUGCGAGACGAGUUUGAAGAGGCUGGGUGUGGAGACGAUUGAUUUGUUUUAUUGUCAUCGUGUGGAUAAGGAGACGCCGGUUGAGAAGACGGUGAAGGCUAUGGCUGAGUUGCAGAGUGAGGGAAAGAUCAAGUAUAUCGGACUCAGUGAAGUCUCAUCAGAGACUGUCCGUCGUGCCUGUAAGGUCGUCCAUAUCGACGCCGUUCAGAUCGAAUACUCGCCAUUCUGCAUCGAGAUCGAGAAUCCUCAGAUCAAUCUUCUGAAAACCUGUCGUGAGCUCGGUGUAGCAACAGUUGCCUACUCUCCACUCGGCCGUGGCAUGCUCACAGGAGCCUACAAAUCACGCGCUGAUUUCGCAGACGAUGAUUUCCGCUUGCACUCGCCACGAUUCUCAGCCGAGAAUUUCGACAAGAACCUCAAGCUCGUGAACGGGCUUGAAGCUCUUGCCAAGAAGGAGAACUGCACGGCCGGCCAGCUGACUCUUGCGUGGCUGUUGGCUCAAGGAGAUGAUAUUCUGCCUAUUCCUGGCACGAAGAAGAUCAAGUAUUUGGAGGAGAAUCUGGAGGCUUUUAAUGUGAAGUUGAGCAAGGAGGAGGAGGCUGAGAUCAGGAAUCUAGUAGAGAAUGCUGAGGUUCAUGGAGAGAGGUAUCCGGAGGCUAUGGCGGGAUACUUGUUUGCUGAUACGCCUGCUCUAGAGGCUUAGAAAGGUUUUUAUAUAUCGGAGGAAGGACUUGAAACCAUAGUCAAAACGUCAUCAAUAACUUCCUCAAAAGAGUCUCAUAUUUCUGCUUGUUGCAAUGUUUUAGCGCCGCUGCAUGCAACAAAGACUUAUAUUUCUCUACAGUGUUUGAAUUUCUAUCGAUACACCCAUCCACCGGUUUUCGGAGGUGGUUUUGGACGUGGUGCUGGCGGUGCGAACGCCCCUGCAAGAGCCUCCAGAUCCGCAUCUGCCAUUCUAGGAGACUUUCUGGGUAUCGCUUCGUAGUCAGCAUUACGUUGCAGCGGCGGAAAUGAAGCCGGUCUUGUAACGACGACUUCAGGAGCCGGUGUACUUGAGGGAUCUGGCGAGGAUCAUGUCAGCAUUGCUGUAGAUUCGUGGGGGGAAGUGUCUCGAAGUGGCCGUGUCGUUGCAUCCGGUAUUGGUGCUGAGCUGUGUUUUCUGUCUCGGUUCUUGGUGUAUUUUGACCCGAAUUUCGACCGCUUAGGAUCCACUGGUAAGAUUUCAUCGAUAUCUCUCGCCUCAUUUCCAUCCAUCUCCAUUCUCGGUGUCUCUGCUAGCUCCUUUCCCACAACUUUAUUAACAUUAUCACCGCUUG